CCCGUGCCCCUCCCCCAGACCCAGCCUGGCUUCCCCGAGCCCCGGGCGCCCACCGAGGGCCGGAGGGGACCGGCUCCCGUCUUUCCCCACCCCGUCCACAACACCCUGUCUCCGGAGUCGGUUCCCGAUUCUGGUCCCCGGCCCCCAGCAGCGCCUGCCCCCUUCCCACCGGGGCCCCCCAUGAUGCCACCACCCUUCAUGCCCCCUCCAGGGAUCCCACCUCCUUUUCCUCCAAUGGGGCUGCCCCCUAUGAGUCAGAGACCACCAGCCAUUCCCCCCAUGCCACCUGGCAUACUGCCCCCAAUGCUUCCGCCAAUGGGGGCACCACCACCACUCACACAGAUUCCAGGAAUGGUACCUCCAAUGAUGCCAGGGAUGCUGGUGCCUGCGGUGCCUGUCACUGCAGCGACGGCCCCGGGUGCGGACACCGCCAGCUCAGCUGUACCUGGGACAGGCCCUCCGAGGGCUUUAUGGAGUGAGCAUGUGGCCCCUGACGGGCGCAUCUACUACUACAACGCUGAGGACAAGCAGUCCGUGUGGGAGAAGCCCAGCGCGCUCAAGUCCAAGGCCGAGCUGCUGCUGUCCCAGUGUCCCUGGAAAGAGUACAAAUCCGACACAGGGAAGCCGUACUACUACAACAACCAGAGUCAGGAGUCCCGUUGGACCCGGCCCAAGGAUCUGGAUGACCUGGAGGCCCUAGUCAAACAAGAGUCUGCAGGAAAACAGCAGACCCAGCAGCUGCAGACACUACAGCCUCAGCCACAGCCGCCUCAGCCACAGCCUGACCCUCCGCCUAUACCCCCUGGUCCCAUCCCAGUGCCUAUGGCCCUCCUGGAACCUGAGCCGGGUCGAAGUGAGGAUUGUGACGUAUUGGAGGCUGCCCAGCCUCUGGAGCAGGGGUUCCUGCAGCGGGAGGAGGGCCCCAGCAGUUCUACUGGACAGCAUCGGCUACCACAGGAAGAGGAGGACGCUAGGCCCGAACCAGAGAGAUCUAGCCUCAGUUGGAGCAACCGGGAGAAGGCAAAGCAGGCCUUCAAAGAGCUGCUGAGGGACAAGGCUGUCCCUUCCAAUGCUUCAUGGGAACAGGCCAUGAAGAUGGUAGUCACUGAUCCCCGUUACAGUGCCUUGCCCAAACUGAGUGAGAAGAAGCAGGCAUUUAAUGCUUACAAGGCACAGCGGGAGAAGGAGGAGAAAGAGGAGGCCCGGCUGAGGGCCAAGGAGGCCAAACAGACCCUGCAGCAUUUCCUGGAGCAGCAUGAACGAAUGACCUCCACCACCCGCUACCGGCGGGCAGAACAGACCUUUGGGGACCUGGAGGUCUGGGCUGUGGUUCCUGAGAGGGAUCGAAAAGAGGUUUAUGAUGAUGUCCUCUUCUUCCUGGCUAAAAAGGAGAAGGAACAAGCCAAGCAGCUUCGGCGUCGAAACAUCCAGGCCUUGAAGAGCAUCCUGGAUGGGAUGAGUAGUGUCAGCUUCCAGACCACAUGGUCCCAGGCCCAGCAGUACCUCAUGGACAACCCCAGCUUUGCUCAGGACCAGCAGCUGCAGAACAUGGACAAAGAAGAUGCACUGAUCUGCUUUGAGGAGCAUAUCCGAGCUCUGGAGAGAGAAGAGGAGGAAGAGCGGGAACGGGCCCGGCUUCGGGAGCGGCGAGAGCAGCGGAAGAACCGGGAGGCCUUUCAGACCUUCCUGGACGAGUUGCAUGAGACAGGGCAGCUGCACUCCAUGUCUACCUGGAUGGAGCUGUACCCAGCAGUCAGCACCGAUGUCCGCUUUGCCAACAUGCUGGGCCAGCCGGGCUCUACUCCUCUAGACUUAUUCAAGUUCUACGUAGAGGAGUUGAAGGCUCGGUUCCAUGAUGAGAAGAAGAUCAUAAAGGACAUUCUUAAGGACCGGGGCUUCUGUGUGGAGGUGAACACAGCCUUUGAGGACUUCGCCCACGUCAUAAGCUUUGACAAGAGGGCUGCUGCGCUGGACGCAGGCAACAUCAAGCUGACCUUCAAUAGUCUGCUGGAGAAAGCAGAGGCUCGGGAAAGAGAACGGGAAAAGGAGGAGGCACGAAGGAUGCGGCGCCGAGAAGCUGCCUUUCGAAGCAUGCUGAGGCAGGCCGUGCCUGCCCUGGAGCUGGGCACUGCCUGGGAAGAGGUCCGUGAGCGCUUUGUGUGCGACUCAGCCUUUGAGCAGAUCACCCUGGAGUCGGAGCGGAUCCGGCUCUUCCGAGAGUUCCUGCAGGUGCUGGAGCAGACUGAAUGCCAGCACCUCCACACCAAAGGCCGAAAGCAUGGCAGAAAGGGCAAGAAACACCACCGCAAGCGUUCUCACUCACCCUCAGUGAGUCGGCAGGGCUCUGAGUCAGAUGAAGAGGAACUGCCCCCACCAUCCCUCCGGCCCCCCAAGCGGAGGAGGCGGAACCCCUCAGAGUCUGGCUCUGAACCCUCGUCCUCACUUGAUUCAGUAGAAAGUGGGGGUGCUGCCCUGGGAGGACCAGGCUCCCCAUCCUCCCACCUUCUCCUUGGGCCCGAUCAUGGUCUUCGGAAAGCCAAGAAACCAAAAAAGAAAACUAAGAAGAGAAGACACAAGUCGAACAGUCCUGAGAGUGAGACGGACCCUGAAGAGAAAGCUGGCAAGGAGAGUGAAGACAGAGAACAAGAGCAGGACAAGGACAGGGAGCUCCGGCAGGCAGAGCUCCCUACCCGCUCUCCAGGCUUUGGAAUCAAGAAGGAGAAGACAGGCUGGGACACAUCGGAAAGCGAGCUGAGUGAGGGGGAGCUGGAGAGGCGAAGGCGGACACUCCUACAGCAGCUGGAUGACCACCAAUGACCCCACGAGCUACUUUCUGCCUUGGGACUUAGUGAGGCAGUGGCUCCAGGGCCAUCCUCACCAUCUGCCUCAGACUCCUUCGUCUGUCUGGUCUGUGUCCACUUUCCCUAAAGUUACCCACCCCGACACACUACUGUGAGCACCUCUGAAGGUUGCUCUUGGUGUUCAAGGGUCCCCUAGUUCUCAGAAACUAGUGCAGUCCUUGCCCUUAGCCCCAGACCAGAGAUGGGCAGUCUAUAUCCAUGGGGUGGGUGAUGCCAGUAGCUAAGGCGUGUGGGAAGGGUUUCCAGGAGAGACAGGCUGGUGGACACAGCCUGGGCGGCAGAGGGCAGGGUCCUCACCCUCUAGCAUCAGUGCCUGCUCUUGCCUGACCUGGCCCUGGGGCUCCACCACUGCUUCCUCUACCCCUGGGACCCGAUGUACGUGUUCUGUUCUUGUUUUUUAAAUAAUAUUUAUAACAUGAUCUACAA